CUUCAAUAGUUUAGUAUUCAUAUAACUAUUUAAUAAGUAUACAAGUUGUAAUAAAAAAUUAAAAUGGACACAUAAACCAACAAACUAGGAGGAUGCAAACCCCAUUAGGAAAAAAAGAUACCGCAAAUCCCAUUUUCUUGGCUCUAUCUUUCAGGCUUAAACAAGAAAGAAGCAACACCUAUCAUGUUUCUGAAACUGGAUUCUAUGGCUUCUAAGCUUGUAAAUCCAGCUUCUCAAGUGGGGCAUCCAGUACCAAGAAUGAGAAAGAUGCUUAAAACUCAUAGCAGGUCAGUCCCAGCUAUAAUUCAUCCAUGGACCAGGAGGAAAAAAAUUGCUGAUGGGGUUAGGCCAAUUCACACCAUCAAAGUUGCAGAACAAAGCCCUGGAUUAGUUGAUGAUAACAAGGAGAUCAAUGAAAAUGACAAAGAUAACAGGGAAGUUGAACAGAUUAAAGCAGACCUUUACCAGGCAGUCCAAGUAAUUAAUAGAGGGAUUUUUGGAGUCCCAUCUGCAAAGAAAUCUGCGAUUCUUGGUUUGGUGGAGCUAUUAGAGUCUCAAAAUCCAACACCAGAUCCUACUCUAAAUCUUGAGAAGGUGGGUGGUCGCUGGAAGCUUGUGUACAGUACAAUCACUAUACUGGGUUCAAAGAGAACAAAGCUAGGAUUGAGAGAUUUUAUCACCUUGGGAGACUUUUUCCAGAACAUUGAUGUCGCUAAGGGCAAAGCAGUUAAUGUGAUCAAUUUCAAUGUUAGAGGAUUGAAUUUGUUGAAUGGACAGCUGACAAUUGAGGCAUCCUUCAAGAUUGCGUCUAAAUCAAGAGUUGAUAUAAACUAUGAAAGUUCUACUAUCAUCCCUGAUCAGUUGAUGAACCUGUUUCGAAAAAACUACGAUCUUCUGCUUAGCAUAUUCAAUCCGGAUGGUUGGCUCGAGAUCACAUAUGUUGAUGAUAACAUGAGGAUAGGGAGAGAUGACAGUGGCAAUAUCUUCAUACUAGAGAGAUCCCAAGAAUCUGAAACUUAAAGAUCAAUUUGCUGCUAUGAUCUGACAGCAAAUUCAUUAUUUUAGUGAUACAAUCUUCAAGAAUUAUGCUGAUUUCUUCAAUUAUUUCAUUUGAAAAUUUUGACUCAUUGCAAACAGAACACAUGUAAUACUUUACCAUAUUGGCAAAAGCCAAAUUCAUCGCUGUUAAGUUUUUGAAGCAAAACAAUGUGUCUACAAAAAUCUGUCCAGCUACAUUAUACAUGCAGCAAGAAUUGCUGAUAUAUGCAGUUCUUCUUAUCCCA